CACCGAUCCACGGAAAGAGCCGAAGAUGUCAGCUUGGUCAUGUGAUCAGCUGUGUCCAAUCACAGCUGAUCACAUGGGACAUGUACACUGAUCAUCAGUGUGCCCUGAUGAUCAGUGUAGCCCCAGAAGUGCCACCUGUCAGUGCCCAUCAGUGCCUUGUGUCAGUGCCACAUCAAUGCCACAUAUCAGUGCCUACCAGUGCCCAUAAAUGCCACAUAUCAGUGCCACCUUUCAGUGGCCAGUGAGUGCCACCUUUCAGUGGCACCCAUCAGUGCCAGUCAGUGCCACCUAUCAAUGCCAAUCAGUGCCACCUAUCAGUGCCGCCUAUCAGUGCCACCUAA